UAAUAGCUCUCUCAAUUGGCUCCAUACAAAAGCAUCUUUAAUGUUUUGAUUGAUUGAUUGAUUAGGAUUAGUUUUUAGUUUUUAUUCUUUCUCGAGAUCGGUGUAGGUGAAUCAAUUUUGGUUCGAUCUUCCAAUCGGGCUUUAUCGCCCAGUGCGCGUUCAAAUCCAUGGUCAUCAGUUUACGAUGGACCCCUCUCCAGUGCGCACCACUCCUCCGAUUGAACAAGAAGAAGACGAGUGGGACACUGAUGGAUUUGUGAUUCCUAGCUUGGGAAUUGGAGACUCAGAUCGAAGUAAACCUUAUGUUCCCGACAUACAAUCCUCAAACUCUGCUGCAAAGGCUAAGAAGGAAGAGAACAUCUAUCUGGGCCCACACGGAGCGCCUCCUUCACAAUCAAAACAGCAAGAGCUAAAUUCAUCUAACCGGAAGCAGCGUUUGAAGCAAAAACUGAAAGAAGCUGAUAAGAGAAAUAGUGGGACAGGAAGGGAAAAUAAAUUGGAUAACUUGAGAGAGCUUGUGGGUGGGGGAAAAGAAAGUGCCAACAUGUCAAAGGGACCCUCUAAGGACUGGUUAGAUCCACAUUGCCAUGAAUCUCACUUUGAGAGGAGGUAAUGCACACAUUGGAGAUUUUAGUAUCUUUGAGCUAUUUGUUCUCGGAGAACGUCCACUUUAGCACCUUUUGCUAUAGUUUGAUGCAUCGCUCGAGAUACAAGUUCCGGAGGUUAUGUACUCUGUCAAUAAAUUUAUCACUUGGUCUAUUUAUAUAAUAAAGGUCUUAUGUCUCGGUGUAUACUAAAAUUCUUUGUGGAAACCGUUGGCUUGAC